AGAAUGCUUCCAAAGAUAUGACAAAGAAGGGGAAGCUAACAUAAAUGGAAUUGCUCCAACUUGCAUUUAGUACAUAUCGAUACAUAGUGCCACUGAGAUCAUCUCUCUCAUCAAUUCUGAACUCUGAAUUAAGUGAAUUUUGGUCUUUUGCUAUAAGAGACUGAAUUAAUAAUAUGAUGGUGCAAAAUAUUAUCAGUUUAUUUUUAUUCAUGACAUAUGCAUCAUCUGCACCAAGUGGAUGCAUAGAAUCUUGCACAUCUUAUCUUAAACAACAUCAAACUCAAAUUUCUGGUGAUUUAUUACAAACUGCAUCACAUUUGCAAGGCCUAGACUACUCAAGACCUGGUACAUGGUCUGAACAUAAUGAGUAUAAUGUUGACAAUGGACAAGGAAAAGUACAUGAAGAACGUGGUCAAUAUAUUACAGGUCCAAAAACAGUAAGAUACUAUAAAAAAAAUUACUCCUCUUCUUAUAGUACAAGAUAUCCUAAUAGUGAAAUAUUUCCGGAUUUUGAAUACGAAAGUAAUAAACAUGGUGUACAUUUACCUACUAUUCAAGAGGUCUCCAAUUCUCGAAAUACUUACAAUCGAAUGGGUAAUUCAGAGUCGGUUGGGCAAUAUAAAUAUAAUAAAAUACAAAAUCAACAACAUACUCAAUCAUCAUAUACCAAAAGUAAUGUUCAAAAUGAAAGACUUGAAGAUCUUGGACAAUACAGUGGAAAUUCACAAGUGAUUCAGCAAGGUGCAUCUAAUCUGAAUACACAAAUUUCAAGAAAACCUUAUGAUACAAAUACACAGUCUGGAAAUUGGAGUUCAGUCAAUUCAUAUAAAACUGAUGGAGGGCGUGGUCGUGUAUUUGAAGAAGAUGGUCAAUAUGUAUCGGGAGCUCAAAAAGUUCGUUAUUAUAAAAGGAAUUAUACUUCUAAUUAUAGUUCAUCUGAUGGGAUUCCUAUUCCUGAAGUAACAAAAACUGGAAUUCAAGAUAUUCAACAAGAAAUGGAGAAAUUUCAUAAAGAAAUUGGAAAAGGAUUCAAUCAAAUGUCUACAGCAGAUGUCAUAGGAUCCAGUAAUAUUGGACAAACAUAUGUUAAUACUCAUGAUUUGUCUACUGACAAUAUAAACAGUGAUAACCAUAGAGGACAAAAUAGCUACAGGAGUAGUUUAUCUACAGCACAUACUGAAGAACAUCAUUCCUCGCAUAUUACAAACGACCAUUUACCUUAUAGAAAUCCUUACCAAAAUACAUAUGAUGGAAAUAGCUAUGGCACACAUGAAAAACAUGAAGAAUAUGUCCAAAAACCAAUUAACCAACUUAUUAAUCCUACAUCAGGGUACACCAGUGUACUAACUGGAAAUAGUGGUUAUAACAGAAAUACAUUUAGUGGAUCAACUUUACAACAACAAGCAGAUAAUUUUCAACAAGCAGAAAUGUUAGAUGCACAACAAUCUAGAAUUUCACAAACACAAACAUUUCUUGACAAUUUAAGGAACAGUGCACAAAGCCAAAGUAGUGCAAUUCAUUCAAGCACGUCAGGUGUUGUACCUCACUACAAGGAACAUUGGAGUGCUAGUCAUAUAAAAGAAACAUCUAUUCCGCAGCAUUCUAUAGAUAUUACACAUACGAAUCAACAGAGUGAUCAAUAUACUAACAAUCAAUAUGACAACAGACACAAUUUAUAUCAAGGGAUGCAACAAAGAGACAAUUACUUACAUCAAUCCAAAGAAAGUGGCUUCACUAGUGGUAAAAAAACGUUAUUACAAAAAUUAGUAACUGGAACAGACACUGUGGAUUGUGAUUAUAAUUCACAUAGCAACACUCAGUAUCAAACAAAAUAUAAACGUUCUGCUAAAUAUGACAAACAAGAUGAAGUGCAAACACACAGUAACUUCAAUGAUGAUUUUACUCAACAAACAGGAGAAUUUGAUGAUCUUACACAGCAAACAGGAGAAUUCGAUGAUCAACAAACUUCUGGAAAACCUGAAUUUAAUCAGGAAUCACAAUUGUACCAGUCUUGGACACCAUAUACUGCCAAUCAACAAUCAGAACAUAUUACUCAGCAAACAACAGAAUAUGAUGAUCUUACUCAACAAACUUCUGGAAAACUUGAAUUUGGUCAGCAAUCACAACAAUUCUAUCAGUCUUCAAAACCACAUAACACCAAUCAACAACUAGAAGAUUUUACACAAAAAACAGAAGAACAUAAUGAUUUUACUCAACAAACUUCUAGAAACCUUGAACUUGGACAAGAAUUACAACAAUCAAAUCAGUCUUGGACAACACAUACUGCCAAUCAACAAUUAGGAGAUUUUAUUCAGCAAAUAGGCGAAUUUGAUGAUCUUACUCAACAAACUUCUGGAAAACUUGAAUUUGGUCAACAAUCACAACAAUUCUAUCAGUCUUCAAAACCACAUAACACCAAUCAACAAUUAGAAGAUUUUACACAAAAAACAGGGGAACAUAAUGAUUUUACUCAACAAAUUUCUGGAAACCUUGAACUUGGACAAGAAUUACAACAGUCAAAUCAGUCUUGGACCACACAUACUGCCAAUCAACAAUUAGGAGAUUUUAUUCAGCAAACAGGCGAAUUUGAUGAUCUUACUCAACAAACAUCUGGAAAACUUGAAUUCGGAGAACAAUCACAACAAUUCUCUCAGCCUUGGAAAUUACAUAUUGACAAUCAAGAAUUAGAUGAUCUUACCCAGAAAACAAGAGAUGACCUUACUGAACGAACUUCUGGUAAAUUUGAAUUUGGCCAGCAAUCACAACAGGACUGGAUACCACACACUGCCAAUCAACAAUUAGGUCUUACUCAACAAACAGGAAAAUUCGAUGGUCUUACUCAAGAAACAGGAAAAUUCGAUGAUCUUACUCAACAAACAAGAGAAUUUGAUGAUCUUACUCAGCAGACUUCUAGAAACCAUGAACUCCAACAGGAAUCACAAAAAUUCUAUCAACUUCAAAAACCACAUACCAGCAAUCAAGAAUUAGAUAAUCUUACUGAGAAAACAAGGAAAUAUGAUGACCUUACUCAACAAACAUCUGGAAAAGUUGAAUUUGGUCAACAAUCACAACAAUCACAUCAAGCAAGGGAUUUACAGAGCACCAUUCAACAAUUGGAAGAUCUUAUUCAAAAAACUAAAGAACCUGACAACCUUGCACAACAAAGUUUCAGUCAAGGAACACAACAAUCUCAUCAUUCUUGGAAUCUACAUAAUACUAUACAGCAAUUAAAAGAUCUUAUUCAAAAAACUAGGAAGUCUGAUGAUUUUACUCAACAAACUUCUGGAAAACUUGAAUUUGGUCAACAAUCACAACAAUUCUAUCAGUCUUCGAAACCACAUAAUACCAAUCAGCAAUUAGAUCUUACUCAACAAACUUCUGGAAAACUUGAAUUUGGUCAGCAAUUACAACAGCCGCAUCAGCCUUGGAUAUCACGUACUGCUGAUCAAGAAAUAGAAGAUUUUACUCAAAAAACAGGAGAAUUAAAUGAUUUUACUCAACAAACUUCUGGAAACCUUGAACUUGGAGAGGAUUCACAAUUCCAUCAGUCUCAAAAACUACAUACCAGCAAUCAAGAAUUAGAUGAUCUUACUGAGAAAACAAGGAAAUAUGAUGACUUUACUCAAAAAACAUCUGGAAAAGUUGAAUUUGGUCAACAAUCACAACAAUCACAUCAAGCAUGGGAUUUACAGAGUACAAUUCAACAAUUGGAAGAUCUUAUUAAAAAAACUAAAGAAUCUGACAACAAUGCACAACAAAGUUUUAGUCAUGAACAUGAAACAACACAGCAAUCUCAUCAUUCUUGGAAUCUACAUAAUACUAUUCAACAAUUAGAAGAUCUUAUUCAAAAAACUAGAAAAUCUGAUGAUUUUACUCAACAAACUUCUGGAAAACUUGAAUUUGGACAAGAAUCACAACAGUUUUAUCAAUCUGAGAAACCAUAUAGUGUCAAUCAACAAUUAGGAAGUUUUACACAAAAAACAGAAUCUGAUGACAUUACUCAACAAUCACUUGGAAAACUUAUGUUUGGUCAAGAAUCAGAGCAAUCCUUUUCAACUUGGAAGCCUAGUUUGUCUCAACAAAGUGAAAUAUUUGUACAACCAGGAGAUAAUUUGCCAAAACCUGCAGAAAAACCUAAACCAAGAUCAAGAUAUUCAAGACUUGGAUCAACAGUUAAUCCACAGCUACCAAAUCAAAAUCAGAAAAAUAUAAAUCUUACUCCUGAAAAUACAGAUGUUUACAAGUUACCACCAGAAGUGACUAUAGAACAUGAUAUAGGUAAUGAUAAAAAUCAAAAUAUCAGAGGGGACCAGGGACAAGGUAAAGAUAUCUCUAACAAUUUAAAACCACAGACUGGAAGUAGUAUAUACGAUAAUGUGGAUCCAGUAAAUUGGUUACACAAAUCAAAUGAUGCAACUGUAGGCUUGCAAUGGCAUUAUACAUAUCAUCCAAGUGAUCGAAGACAAUUUGUACAACAGACAGAACACAAGAAUAAGGAAAGUCUGCAGCAGCAAUCAACUCAAGCACAAUUUUCCAAUUUACAACAGAAUUUCAAUCAAGAAACACAAAAUAAAUAUAUAAUAGAGAAUUCACAACAAGAAUCUCAAAAUUAUGCAUCAGAACAAGGAAUUAAAUCUGUAAGAAAACCAUUUCGCUAUAUUCAACAGGAAAAUAAAUUAGUAUCUAAUCAACAAAUAACUGAAAAUGGAAAUGUGAAAAAGGAUAUAGAAACUGCUUCAUCUGAAUUGAAACCAAGAAUUUUGGAAGUUUAUGGAGGUGGACAAUAUGAUCCUACACAUAGUGAAGAUAUAUAUUCAGGAGUAACAGUAAAUCCUAGUGCUACAUUACCACCAGAAAGUAAUACGGAUCCAUGGGAUAUUCGAGAAAUACCAAUAACUACAACAGAAUUAACACCUCCACCAUUACCUGUAGAACCUUUAGAUAUAAAUGAUACUACUGAAACACCACGUCGAUUAUCCGUUUGGUCAAGAAUUGGUCACAAAAUAACAACUACUUUUGAUAAAGCUAAAGAAAAGGCUAAAAAUAUUUUUGGAUAAAUAUAGCUUUUAACCAUUUUAACUAACAUCUAUUUAUAAGUAAUGUUUAAUAAGAUAAAUUCUUGAUAUAAACUUUGAAUAAAAUCAAGUUAAAUAAAAUUUAUUUAUCAGCGUUAUAUAAUAUACUUAUCGUUAGAAUUGUUAAUUUAAUAAUAUAGUAUUAUAGAAAUUCAUUAUUAUAUUAUAUAUUUCAUUUGUUAUUUAAAUAAAUGAAUGCAUAUUUUAAAUUGCUUUUACUAAAUAUCACAAAACCUUUAUUGUAUAACCCCAAAUAAAGUGAAUUAUAACAAAGUACAUAGAAAUAAUUAAUAA